AUGUCGGGUCUCACCUACCGCAAUGGCCUCGCCAUCCUCCAGAUCGUCUUCUUCUCCGUAUACCUGGUCUGCGGUAUCCUGCUCUGCAUCCGCCAUGGCUUCAGCCGGAAAUCCGGAUGGCUCAUCCUCAUCACCUUCUCCCUCCUCCGCCUCAUCGGCGCCAGCUUCGAGCUAGCCGCCAUCCACUACGCGAGCCGUUCCGUCUACGGCGGUGCCCUCAUCUGCGAAGCCAUCGGCAUCUCGCCUCUGACCGUCCUGAACCUCGGUCUCCUGAUCAGAGUCAACCGCUGGCUCACCACCAAGAUCACGGCCAAGCACUUCGGCCUCCUGAGCAUCGCCUCCCUGGUCGGCAUCUCCCUCUCCAUCUACGGCGGCACCAAGGCCGCCGGCUCGGCCACGCCCCUGGCGCCCAACGCCUUCAUGCGGGCCGGCGCCUGCGUCUUCACGGCCAUCUACCUCGCCGCCUGCGCCAUCUUCGCGCACCUCUGGCGCCACCGGGCCGGCGUGCCCGCGGGGUCCGAGACGCGCCUGCUGUACGCCUUCGCCGCCUGCGCGCCGCUCAUCGCCGUGCGCCUGGCCUACGCGCUCGUCGCGCAGUUCGCGGGCGACGCGCGCUUCAGCUCGUUCGGCGGCGACCCGACCGUCUACCUGUGCAUGUCGGUGCUCGAGGAGAUCGCCGCCGUGGCCAUCUGCGUCGGCACGGGCCUGACGCUCGCCAGGCUGCCGGCCGAGAUGCUGGCGGAGGGCGGGCGUGCCGGCUCGAGCCGGGAUGAGGAGGAGGGCAAGGGUGGCGGCCAGGUGCGGGUGCAGCAGGCGCGGUAUUAG